UUGAACUAAUUAAAAAUCAAUAGAAAAAGCACUUUAAGAUUUCGAAAUAAUUGUUUCAUUCAAAAAAGAAGAAUUAAUAAAUGAAGUAACUACCUUUAUUUUAGAUUCCUCACGUGUAGUAGAUGAUAAUAAUAGCGAAAAUGAAUUCUAAUAAUAAAAAAAUAAAGAAUAAGUUGAAGAUUUGAAUGAUAACAAAAGUUUUGAAAGAAAGGUUCGUAUAAAAUGACAUAAAGAUCUAUCUUUUAAUUUUUUAUAAAGUAAAGGAUUCUAUAAUAGAUUUAAAAAAAGAGUUGAAGUAUAAAGAAGAGUAAAAUAAAAUUUUAGAAGAUAAAGAUUAAAGUUUAAAAGUAUUUAUUAGUUAGCCAAUGAUCUAUUCUUUACAGAGUUGAAUUCUUUCUUUCGAUACCAGAGUAUUACCACCUUGACUAGCAGUACCUCGAACAUCCAGAACCUCUAAGUCUAGAACCUUAAGAAACAAUAUAACUAAGAUCUAAGACCAAUAAACCAGAGAUAGACAUAAUAGAUUCAAUCUAGAGAAGUUACCAUAAGACCAAUAGAAAAUCUAAAAAGACAUAGAAGUUUUCUACCUUGUUCUUUUUCCAGUUGAGCCAAAAUAAUCAAUAUAUCUUUAGAGAGAACCUAGUAGUCUACCCCAUGAGACAAGACUUUAGAAUUAAUAGAACAAAAGUACAUAGUAUCAAGAGAGAAAAAGACAGAGACAGACUAUUCUAGAUUUUCUUCAAAAGAACUAAGCUUCUAAGAUUCCUUUAUAGAAUAAUUCUCAACUUCCUGUUUUAUUAGAUGUUCCAAAUUAAGAAUUCAGAUUACAGAUAAUCUUUCUAAGAUUCCUUUUCCUUUAAAAUAUGUUAGACCAAUCAUUAAGAACUAAUAAUCUUUAUGAACCUAUCUAAGAACCCUAAUUUGUUUAUCAACCUAGCUGUCCCCUAGAUUUUUCUAAUUUUAUUAAGAUAGAGACAUUUCCUAUUAAUUUAAGAGAUUGUUCCUUUAUAAGAGAUUGUUCCUUUUAUUUUAAGAGCCAAUUCAUAAGAAUAUUUCUUUAUAUUAAUAAAGUUUGAAGUCAUAAUAAAAGAGUAAUAAGAAUUCCUUAUAAUGUCAUUAUUAAGUCUAAAGUAGAGAUGCCUAUUUAUUAUAAUAAUACCUUAAAAAUCCCUAGUUAUUAAUGAUUUGAUUACCCAUCCUAAAAAUUCUUAAAAAAUAAGAAUAGAUCGUAAUUUCUAAACAAUCCUUUAAAUAAGAAACCUUAUAAAAUCUGUUUUUAAGAAUAAUUGAUUUGAUGAUACUUUUUUU